AUGUCUCUUCCAAUUCCAACACUUCGCAGAGCUGGUCUUCGUCUCGCUGCACUUCGUACCCAAUUACCAAUCCGCCCAAUCCAAAGUCCAUUCGCAUUCAUCCCAUCCCGCGCAAUGUCCGUCCCCACCACCAUGAAGGCCGUCGUGGUCGAACAAACCGGCGGCCCAGAGGUCUUGCAGUACCGAACUUCCCACCCCGUACCAACACCACAAGAAGGUCAAUUGCUAGUUCGCAAUAACAUCUCCGGCGUGAAUUUCAUCGACACAUACUUCCGUACAGGUCUGUAUGCCUCUCCCAAGCCGGAGGUGCUGGGCCGCGAGGGAGCCGGCACAAUUGUCUCUGUCGGACCUAGUACCUCCGGUUUCAAGGUUGGGGACCGUGUUGCCUGGAUGGGGAACGGGGGAUAUGCUGAGUACACUGCUGUUCCUGCGGAUAAGACUGUUAAGAUUCCCGAGGGAAUUAGCGACGAGGACGUUAUGGCUUCUUUCCUUAGUGGAUUGACAGUUUUGUCAUUCGUUAAGGAGACCUAUGCCGUGCAGAAGGGUGAUUGGGUCCUUCUGCAUGCUGCUGCAGGUGGUGCGGGGUUCCUCAUGACUCAGAUCCUUAAGUCGAUAGGUGCCAAUGUUAUUGGUACUGCUGGUGGCGCGGAGAAGUGUGCGUUGGUUAAGAGCCUUGGUGCUGACGUGGUUAUUGAUUACCGUAGCGAAGAGGGUAAGGACUGGGUUAAGUUGGUGAAGGAGGCGACGGGUGGCCGUGGCGUUGACGUUGUGUACGAUUCCGUCGGCAAGGAUACCUGGGAAGGAAGCUUGGAGGCUGUGAAGCGCAAGGGAACGAUUAUUUGGUUCGGCAAUGCCAGUGGACCCGUUCCUCCGAUUCCUCUGCCGUUGGACAGGAAACUUUCUCCCAAGUGUGUUAAGAUUGCUCGUCCUACUCUCUUUGGGUAUAUUGAGACUCGUGAGGAGUUUGAGUACUAUACCAAUGAGCUUUUCAGUCGCUUGCAGUCUGGAGAGCUUAAGGUGAAGAUUCAUAAGGUUUAUCCUAUGGAGGAGAUUGCUCAGGUUCACGUUGAUCUGGAAGGUCGCAAGACUAUGGGCAAGCCUCUCAUUAAGCCUUAA